GCUAGCAAUUUUGCGCUGGAUGCGCUUUUAAAUAACGGUUUAACGUUUGUAGCGCGCAAGCUAUUCGGCCGAUAUGGUAUAAAAGGAUUUGGCUUUUUGGAUAGCUUUACGGGCGCGAAAUUGGGCUUUAGUAAGCUUUUCGAAAAAUUUCGGUAUCGUUUCGGGCAAUUGCUUAUAAACGUUUUAAUAUGCUUAACAACCAAAAUAGCGGCUAUAAAAUACCGUACGUUCCGUAUAAUUAUUUUUAAAAAAGGGCAAAUAAAUAAGGUUUUAAUUAUUGCUUUAUUAAAAAUCGAUAAUUUUUUGCGACGGAAGCGCGUUGCGGAUACCCAUGUAAAGCAAGGAAAAAGCAAUGUUUAUUUCGGGGGUAGGUUUAUUAAAAUUAAAAGCGUUGCGGUAGCGUUCGUUGCGCGCUUUACGCUUUUUUUCGGCGAAAGUCUUUUUGCCGCGGCGGUUAAAGCCCGCCGGGGGGUUACCGGCAAAACGUUUGCAGGAAUUUUAAAAGGUUGUAAGCGCAAAAGGGCCCAAUAA